GCUACUCGUAUGACCUCAAGAGUUGAAAGCGAAUAAGACUGAUCGAAUUCAGAAAAUUGUCUAAGUGUGAUCCUGGAAUUCCUCAUAUCAGCUAUGAUCACACGCUGUUCAACUAUAUUCUUUCUGCGUCUUAUUUUAUGGAUGGCUGAAUUGGAAUUCACAUUCAAGAAAGUGGUGGCAAAAUCAAGCGGUGAAACUGAAGAUCUAUCUGUAACAGAGCAAUUCGAACGAUUCAUUGUGGAGCAUGGUAAAUUCUACGACUCUGUGGAGGAAAAAAUGAGGAGGCUCGAAAUUUUCAGAGACAAUUUACGGUUGAUUGAAGAACUCAAUGCUGAUGAGACAAAUACGGCAGUAUUCGGUGUCACGCCAAUGGCAGACUUGACACACGCUUGGCUUUUGCGGAACAGUUGGGGUACUAAAUGGGGAGUAGAAGGGGGUCACUUUUACGUGAAGAAAGGAUUUUGCGGCAUUGGAAUUGAAUCUUACAAACUCGUCCCUUAAAUCUGUCCUCCGCGUGAUGCUUCUGGCAAUCCCUUCACCAUCAUCGAGGGGAGUAUCUUACAAAAGAGUCGUUGGAUUCUUUAUCUCUCUUCAAGCUUUUAUUACAGGGAAAAAUAAAUUUGUGUUAUACGUAUCCGUGACGAGUAUGGAAAAAAAGCACCCUUCCUCCGCCAAAAUAUAUAGUUUUUUAAUACUAAGUUUUUUUAAAUAUGUCUUAUAAUUAAUCAUUUGAUCACGUUGAUGACAAUACUAGUGGAAAUAUCAUCGCUAUUGGUGAAGUCUCUUUCACUAAAAUCUCGUACUUUUGGAAAUCAUAUAGUUUUUUUAACAAAUUAAAUAUUGAAGGCCAGAUUGAUGACUACGAGGGAUCCUUCUAAAAAGGGAUCGAAACCCUUUAGUUUACGCCCAAUAUUUUAAGAGGUCGGGUUAAUCAGGGGUAAGGUGCCAGGUAUUAUGUCAUGAUGCUAAUUUUAAAAUUCUACACGAGAAAAAUUAAAUUGCUGAUUUAACAAUUUUGUUGUUAAAAAAGUGACCGGCAUGAUUCAGCGUAGAUUUUACAAUAAAAAUAAUGUCAUUUUAACGACUCACGUGGGUACAUUAGCUUUCCACUAUUGUACAAUGUACAUUUGAAACAUGUCAGACAUAUUUUUCAAAAAUAUAUUUGUUUAAUAUAUAUA